AUGAGGUCCAGCGCGUCACCUGCUUCAGCUCAAGCCGAGACCGGCAGGAGACAGAAGAAAGAAACGUAUGCGGAUCUGGUAUACAAGGCGCUCAUCAGCCAAGACGCACAUCAAAUGACGUUAAAGGACCUCUAUCAGUGGUUCAUAGAUAACACCGAGAAGCCAAAAGAACGGCAACGAGGCUGGAAGAAUAGUGUCCGCUCCAACCUUAGUCUGAACCAGGCAUUCCAACGACUUGAAGGCAAAACGUCUUGCUGGAGUCUCGCAGCUUGUUUCGUAGAGGGCAUUCGUCCAACGCAUAACUACCGAAACUCCCGAAGGAGAAACAACCCCGUCAUGUCGACCAAGAAAAACAGAAUGGUGGUCCCUAAACCUCUGGUCUCGAGGAUUCGCAAGGCCCGGAGCAAGAACCUCAGACGUCCCGCAAGCCGUAUCGACCCCCAAUCUUCAGAUGGCGUCUCGUCCCACUCGUUACAAAAUCAACUGUUGGCCGAGCACAUCCCUGACUUCCAGAAAUGGGGUUCCACAGCCACCAUCCAGGCUUCCUAUUCUAUGAUGUGA